AUGCUGCCGCGCCCGGCCUCCUCCCCGGCCGCAGCCGGCCGCCGUGGCCCUGGGCCGGCCUCCGCUCCUCGCCACCUCGGGUCACGGCCGAGUGCCCCGCACCCGCAGCCGGUCCCCGCGCCCGUCGCCUGUACCACCCGCGCCCGCCUUCGGCCGCGCCUCCCCAGCGCCCGGCCUCCCCAGGCCGGCUCCGGGUCGCCGCCUCGCCCACAGCCGGCCCGCGCCUCCUCGUCGCUCGCCGCCUCGUGGCUGCCGGCUUCCCAGCUACGCCGACUCCGCCUUCGCUCCGUGCGCCCGGCCAGGGCCGGCUCCUGCGCCGCCCGCCGAAUCCCGCCCCCGAAGUCGCCCUUGUCUGGCCGCCUCCUCGUUCGGCCGGCCGGCUCGCGCGCGCCCGUUGGCCGGGUCGCUGUUCCCAGCCGGCGUCCGCCUUCGCAGCCGGCCGUCCCCGCAGGCCGGCUCCGCUUACACGCCGCGCCGGCUUCACCGGUGACCCGGCCUGCCGGCUCCUCCCCAACUCGGACGACCGGCUCCGCCGCCUGCCGUCUCCGUCGCCACCCGGCCGGCUCCGCCGCUUGCCGGCCCCGCCCGGCGACACGGCCGCUGGCCGGCCCCGCCCGCAUCCCGGCUAGCCGCCUCGCCGCCCCCCGCGCCGGCUCCGCCCGCAUCCCGGCCUCCCGCAGCCGGCGGGCCACGCCCGUGCGGACCGCGCCGUGCGAGCUCCUCUGCCGGCUGGAGCAAAAGAGAAAGAAGAAAAGUCAAUGGCCAAGUGCCAAGCCGGCUCCCCGAAAAAAAGGGAGGAGAGAGAGAGAAAGGAGUCGGCUGGGACAAAGAGAAGAAGAGAAACACCCGUCCGGAUGA